AUGAACUCUUUGAAUAUCCUCUCGGCACGAGUGUCACCGCCACAGACUCCAGCACCUUCGCGAAGUAAUUCUUAUGGCAAUAUCCUCGCGUCCGCUACCGUGACGGAGUCGAGAAGGAACUCGCGAGGAGCCAUAUUCAGCGAGAAUGCGGAUGAUGCGGGAGACACUCCAGAACCAGACGAUGUGGAUGAUAGUAUAGUCCAAAAAGAAACGCCCCUCCUGCACAGGGAGAGCAAUCAGCAGUUGGGUUCAGACAAAACCUGGUGGCUCAUCAUCCCGAAGAGGAUAUCUUUCGUCCUCAUAGGUUCGAUCCGCUGGAUUUUUUCGACAUUGGCUGCCCCUGGCGUGUACUUGAUAGCAUGUCUGUAUGAUGAGAGGGGAACAUUUGGCCCGUUUUCGCAGCUGCGAAAGUUUGGGGCCUCGUUUUCUGGUACUGGAAGACGAGCUUCCGCUGCCGAUGAUGUUCUCAUCUCUAGUGCAGACAGUGCAGGCUUGUUGGGAGAUCCAAAUAACGGUAGGAGUGCAUUUGGGAGGCGAGGAUCGUCGAAAUCAAUGAGAGGGCUCUCGUCGAACUCGUCCUCGUCCGGAAUGUCGUCCGAGUCUGAAUCCGACCGAGAUCGCUCUAUGAACGAUGGCGAGAAGCUAGAUUCAUCAUCAUCAAGUCGCCAUACCCGCUCAAAGUCAUUGCAGGGUUCCGACGAGAUUGCCCCGGCCAGACGAUCUAUUCGAAUCAAACUUCAUAAUGAAGAUAGUCUGCGGCAACGAAAGCAUAGGAAAGCUCAGUCAACAAACACCCAAAGCAAUGGUUCUGGUGCUAUUGCUAUUGCUACUGGCGAGAUAUCUCCGGCUACACUGAAAUCGCCAACUUCUCCGGCUGCGUCUAUGCUUAUGACCAAAUAUCCUCGUGCACCAGCGCCCCCGAGACCACUCAUACCUCGCCGUCAGCCUUCUUACACCCUUCCAGACGCACCCAGCGCCAGACUUACGCAGAAGACUCUCAUUCUUGAUCUUGAUGAGACUUUAAUCCACAGCAUGGCAAAGGGUGGCCGGAUGAGUACCGGGCAUAUGGUGGAAGUGAAACUCAGCACGCUCGUGGGAGCUGGCGGUGGUCCAACACUCGGCCCUCAGCACCCCAUUCUUUACUAUGUUCACAAGCGGCCUCAUUGCGAUGACUUCCUCCGACGAAUCUGUAAAUGGUACAACCUUGUUAUUUUCACUGCUUCCGUCCAAGAAUACGCAGAUCCCGUAAUCGAUUGGUUGGAACAGGAACGCAAGUUCUUCUCAGGUCGAUAUUACCGCCAACAUUGUACAUUCCGACACGGUGCCUUCAUAAAAGAUUUGAGCUCUGUUGAACCAGACCUCAGUAAAGUUAUGAUAUUGGACAACAGCCCCCUGAGUUACAUGUUUCACCAAGGCAAGUAUAACAUCCAUGACAAUGCAAUACCGAUAGAAGGUUGGAUUAAUGAUCCCACAGAUAACGAUCUUCUGCACUUGGUGCCGCUGUUGGAAGGCCUGCAGUAUGUGACAGAUGUUCGGGCCUUUCUCGCGCUUCGGGGUGGCGAGGAUGGGAAGCAUAUAGCUUAA